CAGGGAGGGGCGCGGGGAGGAGCUGUGAUGCGGCUCAGUCAGUAUACUAGUCACUCACUGAGUCUCAUUUGCACACCUUCUCCACCAUCUCUUCCUCCUCCUUUACCUUCUCCUCCACCUCCCGCAGUCAUGACCGAGGUGCUAGCGGAAGCGCUGGAGGCUGGUGAGGUGACCGCCUUGGAUGACGGCGCCUUCAGGUGCGAGGUGUGCAAGCAGAGCUACUCCAGCAAGGCCUCUGUCAAGACCCACCUCAACACAAAGAAGCACAACAACAAUCUGCUGACCCACUCACCUCCAAAGACCAACCCCGGUGAUGUCCAGCGGCAGUCACGUGCAGGCUAUUCGGAUGAAGGACAGCAGGCAAAGGCCACGGACUGGAACAACGGGAACAGCCUCGCUCCUCGUACCACAGGUGGAGCAGGCUCACCUGAUGAGGAGGUGCUAGCGGAAGCGCUGGAGGAUGGUGAGGUGACCGCCUUGGAUGACGGCGCCUUCAGGUGCGAGGUGUGCAAGCAGAGCUACUCCAGCAAGGCCUCUGUCAAGACCCACCUCAACACAAAGAAGCACAACAACAAUCUGCUGACCUACUCACCUCCAAAGACCAACCCCGGUGAUGUCCAGCGGCAGUCACGUGCAGGCUAUUCGGAUGAAGGACAGCAGGCAAAGGCCACGGACUGGAACAACGGGAACAGCCUCGCUCCUCGUACCACAGGUGGAGCAGGCUCACCUGAUGAGGAGGUGCUAGCGGAAGCGCUGGAGGCUGGUAAGGUGACCGCCUUGGAUGACGGCGCCUUCAAGUGCGAGGUGUGCAAGCAGAGCUACUCCAGCAAGGCCUCUGUCAAGACCCACCUCAACACAAAGAAGCACAGCAACAAUCUUAAGAGUUUCUGUGAGAAGGCGACCUCGGCGGAGGGCUUGGCUUGGUCAGUGCCGGUGUGGACGAGGGACGGACGGCCGAUAACACCCAAGGACCGGGGCCACUGUGUGCCGCUGGGCACGGAGUCCCUGCCAGGCCUGACCGCGCCCCUCACCCUCACCCCAGACGAUACUAAGGCCUCCACCAGGGUGACUAAGCCGACCCAAAUCAUGCAAAGCGACCUCGAGUAUCCCCACGACAAGCAGCUCCCGCCGGGCCGAGUGUAUGUGUUCAACUACAUAUACUUCCACCACAACACUCGACAGACGGUGGAGGACAGGAUGGGGGCGAAGGAGGACUCCAAAAACCUCAAAGAAACGUUCACAAAGUUGGGUUACGAAGUUCGCCUUCACGAAGACCUCACAGCCGAGGACACCAUGAAGGAAGUGGAGACUAUUAAAAAGGAUCGCACCCUUAAAGCCACUCAGGCGUGUUUCUUUUUCUUCUUGAGCCACGGCACGAACAGCAAGGAAUUCCUGGCGGCCGAUGGCAAGAGACUAAACUUGGAUCAACUUCGAAACGAGUUCACGAACGACCGUUGUCCAGCGCUGGCCGGGAAGCCGACAAUCUUCAUGACCAACUACUGCCGCGGGAACAACGAGGAGCGGAUGCAGACGGACGGGCUAGUGAGUGUCCCUCGUGACAUCGUGACAAUCUACGCCAACACGGACGGCAUCGCGGCGUACCGGCUGCCUGGGGAGGGCACGUGUUUCGUGUUGAGUCUGUGCCACGUCCUUAAGGGCCUGAGGGAACGAACGGACCUGCGCCACGUGUACCUCCAGCUUUCUACCGAGAUGCAACGGCGGCAGGCCACCUCGCCCACCUGGGAGGAUAUUUGCUUCAAAAAUUUCUUUCUUGAAAUGCCAUCGACGUAUAAAAAGGAAAAAGGAAAGCGAAAGAAAGAAGAAAAGGGUAAGAAAGAGGGUGAUGACGAUGAAUAAGUGCGUAAUUGCGAAGUAUAAAAAGGAAGAAGAAAAGUGGAAGAAAGAGGGUGAUGACGAUGAAGUAUGUAGUUGUGACAUAUAAAGAGGAAGAAGAAAAGUGAAAGAAAGAUGGUGAUGACAAUGAAGAAAUACGUAACUGCGCAUGGUGUAAAUGAGCAGAACAGUGAUAAGCCUAUUGCAAGGCAGAUUUCACCGUACAAUGUUAUUCACUUCUUUCAGUUCAACAUAAAGAGCUUUUUUACGACAGCAAAGCUCCGACUGUAAUUUAGCAAACUAAGGAAAAGCUUUAUUUUU